CCUUCCGCCGCGAACCCUCGACUCUUUUCCAAAAACGAACGAAACAUAUUAUGACCCUCUAGGAUCCCCGCCCAAACAAUACUUCCACCUCUCGCGUCCACUCUAGCCGUUUCUCGAUCUAAGUUCCUAACCCAAUUACACCUUCUUUGAGAGCGAGAUGGUCAACUGGUUGAAUCUCGCCGUGCCAUUCGCCUACCUUGGCGUCUUGAUUGGCUCCCUGGCGACCUUCUCUUCGUUAUACCGCAAGCGCAAAGCCCAGAAGGCUUUCUCCCUAGAACCAUGGUUCCCGCCCCACCUUCAACGAGACAUCUAUUUCUCCCUGCUUCACCUUGAUCCGCCCGCCUCGUCCAAGGAGAAGAAGGCCCCCGCAGUGCCGGAAACGGUCCUCAAGGCCGCUCUCUUGAGACGCGCGACUGAAGAUAUCAAACGGGUCCUGGCUCUACGAAGUCAGAAACAGGCGCUGGCCAUGUUGCUUCAGCGAGGCAGUGUCGGGGAUGAUCUGUGGCAGCGAUUCCAACGAGCUGAGAAGGAGAUGGAGGACGAGGUUCGGGACGUUGUCUCUGAGGCCAAUGCCUACCAGGCUGGCUGGGGUCAAACGAUCUUCCAAUCCGCCAACGAGAUGAUGAACAACGCUAUUUACCGCCAGCGAGUUGAGGCCCAACAGUCCAAGUUCGACGAGGAACGCCAAUGGUGGGAUCGUAAGAAGAGCACCAUCCAAGAAGGGUUUAUGAAGGAACUGGAUGCCGAGGGCUCCUCGCGACCUUCCGAACCUGCCCCGGUGACUCCGACCACUACAAGCAGCUCGACCCCCGCAACGAAGACGCCCGAGUCCUCUGCGGCCCCAUCGUCCGUUACGGGCAGCGAUGAUGAUGCGGUUUUGGUUGAAGCAGAUGAGCAGAACGGGACCCCAGGAACCCCCGGCGGCAAGAAGAAGAAGAAGGGCAAGAAAUGAGUCUCUGGGUUCUGGAUGGUUUCUUUUUUCGUUCUUUCCUUUUUAUCCAAUUCGCCUCAUGCAUGAUAAGGGAGCUUUCUGUUGAUGUCUUAUUAGUUUCCCCCCUUUUUUUUCAAUAUGACCCCGGAAGGUUAGAUUUUCUUUGCUUUUCUUUUCUUUUCUUUCUUUCUUCUCUUUUCUUGAUCAUUUGGAUUCUUUCGAGUCUGAAUCAAUUGUAGCACUUAGGCUUGAACACUCGGGUUCUGGAAAACUCGAGCGUGUAUUCUAGUGGGCAUGGUUGGAACUGCAGCU